AAGGCAGCCGCCACCGCUGCGAGGCCCCGUGAAGCGGAGGGAGGCGCCGCUCCGGCCCUGGGGGAAUCGCGCGGCCCUCGAGGACAUGCUUCAGAGUGAAGAGCCCAGAUAAAGAUAUUACUGCAGUUUGUUCCCUCCCCUCCAGUGACUUCAUGCAGCAGGACCGAGCCUGAUGCUCUCAGGGCACCCUGCCAUGGACGGGGAGUACCCUCAGCACGAGCACCCCCAGACAGGCAAUAUACUGUACAGCAUGCCCAAUCUCCCGCCCCAGCUCUGCGGCCCUACCAUCGAGAACUCGAUGCCGAAUUGUCCCUGGUGGAAUUCCUAUCCCUAUCCGGCGGCCACUUACCUGAAUUCAUCUUUCCCAAGGGAAAACCAGCAGUAUUUGAGCACCCCUUUCACCUACGCAAAUUCCAUCAGCAGACAGUGUCAAGACACCAGCUGUGGACCCGUGGGCUCCUCCAACUUACCCCCCAAUGACGAUUUUGCUCAGGAACCCUCUUACCUUGAUGAACUUUCGAACACCUCCCUCUUCUCAUCGCCCGCCGACUCCCUCUCAGAUAUUGCCGACGCUCCUGAUUUCCUGCCCGCCGACAGCCUCAACCACGUGCCCACCAUCUGGGACGUGAGCACAUCACAGCAAAACCAAGUAGAGCUCUUCCCUCCCAGCAGGCCAUUUCCAGGCCAUUUGGACAACUCAGUUGCUGCUGUCCCCAACACCCCACUGUUGGGAAGCUUCCAGCUGCAGUCGCAGACUCAGCCAGAGGAUGACGACGAAGGUGAUGAAGAGGAGGCAGAGGAGCUGGGCCACGCUGAGACCUAUGCAGAUUACAUCCCUUCCAAAUCAAAAAUUGGGAAGCACCAUCCCGACCGCGUGGUGGAAACCAGCACCCUGUCGAGCGUCCCCCCUCCGGACGUCACCUACGGCCUCACCCUCCCCAGUGCCACGGCCGACACCGGGUCACUGUCAGCACUCCAGCUGGAAGCCAUCACUUACGCCUGCCAGCAACAUGAAGUCCUGUUACCCAGCGGGCAGCGGGCCGGAUUCCUCAUCGGGGACGGCGCUGGGGUCGGGAAAGGCAGGACGGUGGCCGGGAUCAUCUUUGAGAACUUCCUGAAGGGGAGAAAGAAGUCUCUGUGGUUCAGCGUCUCCAAUGACCUCAAGUAUGAUGCAGAGAGAGAUCUGAAGGACAUCGAGGCCCCAAACAUUCCAGUUCACGCUUUAAACAAGAUCAAGUACGGUGACACAGCUACCUCAGAAGGCGUCCUGUUUGCCACGUACUCGGCUCUGAUUGGUGAAAGCCAAGCAGGCGGGCAGCACAGGACCCGAAUCAAGCAGAUCCUGGACUGGUGCGGGGAGAACUUUGACGGAGUUAUUGUGUUUGACGAAUGCCACAAAGCCAAAAACGCCAGCUCCACCAAAAUGGGGAAAGCAGUAUUGGACCUUCAGAACAAGCUGCCGCUAGCAAGGGUUGUAUACGCCAGUGCCACAGGUGCCUCCGAGCCAAAAAACAUGAUCUACAUGAGCCGCCUGGGGAUCUGGGGAGAAGGUACCCCCUUCAGGGCCUUUGAAGAGUUUCUCCACGCCAUUGAGAAGAGGGGCGUCGGGGCCAUGGAGAUUGUGGCGAUGGAUAUGAAAGUGAGCGGCAUGUACAUCGCUCGGCAGCUCAGCUUCUCUGGAGUCACCUUCCGGAUCGAGGAGAUCCCCCUCGAUCCCCACUAUGAGCGCGUCUACAACCGAGCGGCCAAGCUGUGGGAGGAGGCGUUUUUCGUGUUUCAGAAGGCAGCCGAUUGUAUCGGCCUGGAGUCCCGGAAGUCCCUGUGGGGUCAGUUUUGGUCGGCCCACCAGCGCUUCUUCAAGUACCUCUGCAUUGCCGCCAAAGUGCGCCGUCUGGUGGAGCUGGCUAAGGAGGAGCUGGCCAGGGACAAGUGCAUUGUCAUCGGCCUGCAGUCCACGGGGGAGGCUCGCACCCGCGAGGUCUUGGAUGAGAACGACGGGCACUUGAACUGCUUUGUCUCCGCGGCCGAAGGCGUCUUUCUAUCACUAAUUCAGAAGCACUUUCCUUCAACCAAAAGAAAGAGGCACAAAGGAACUGGCAUUAAAAGAAAACGGAAGCCGAGGGGCCGGGGCAGCAAGAUGCCAAAGACCGUUUACGAGUUCUCAACAGUGAUCAAGAUCAGUGACGAUAGCAGCACCGAUUCUGACAUGGGCCUGGAAAGUGACUUCAACUCCUCCCCGGAGUCCCUCAUUGACGACGACGUGGUCUUUGUCGAUCAGACCCACAUCUCCGCCGACGACCGAGCCUUUUCCCACUUCCACUGCUCCCAGAGAGACCCGCUGGAGUCGGUGGAGAAGAUGAAGCAGGACCUGCUGACCAGAGUGAAAGAACUGGGCCGGGACCUGCCGCUCAACACCUUGGAUGAGCUGAUUGACCAGUUCGGGGGCCCGGAACACGUGGCCGAGAUGACGGGUAGGAAAGGCCGGGUCGUGUCCAGACCAGACAGGACCGUCGUGUUUGAGUCCCGGGCGGAGCAAGGCCUCUCCAUCGACCAUGUGAACUUGAAAGAGAAGGAGCGAUUCAUGAGCGGGGAGAAGCUUGUGGCGAUCAUCUCCGAGGCCUCCAGCUCAGGAAUCUCCCUGCAAGCCGACCGGCGGGUCAAGAACCAGAGGCGACGGGUCCACAUGACACUCGAGUUGCCCUGGAGCGCGGACCGAGCCAUCCAGCAGUUCGGUCGAACCCACCGGUCUAACCAGGUCUCAGCCCCCGAGUAUGUGUUCCUGAUAUCUGGACUGGCUGGGGAGAGGAGAUUCGCUUCCAUCGUUGCCAAGCGCCUCGAAAGUCUGGGUGCCCUAACCCAUGGGGACCGGCGAGCCACUGAAUCCAGGGAUCUCAGCAAAUACAACUUUGAGAAUAAGUAUGGAGCCCGAGCACUAGAUCGAGUUCUUGGAGCCAUCCUGAGUCAGACGGAGAACAGGGUCCCUCUGCCCAAGAAUUAUCCCGGAGGAGAUGCCGCCUUCUUCCAGGAGAUGCGGUCCGGCCUCCUCUCCGUUGGGAUCUGCUGUAAGGAUAUGAAAUAUGGGUGCAUCGCUGUGGAAAAGGACUGCUCCAUCACCAAGUUCCUGAAUCGUAUCCUGGGUUUGGAGGUGCACAAACAGAAUACACUCUUCCAGUACUUCACGGACACCUUUGACUACUUGAUUGAGAAGGACAAGAAGGAGGGCAAAUAUGACAUGGGCAUCCUAGAUCUGGCCCCGGGAAUUGAUGAGAUCUACGAAGAGAGCCAGGAGGUGUUUCUGACACCAGGCCACCCUCAAGAUGGGCAGGUGGUCUUCUACAAGAUCAGCGUGGACCGAGGCCUGAGGUGGGAAGAGGCAUACGAAAAGUCACUCACGCUGACAGGAAUCCAUGAUGGGUUCUACCUGUCCUACAAGAUUCGGGGAAACAAGUACACCUGCCUGCUGGCCGAGCAGAACCGUGGGAAGAACUUCACCCUGUACAAGCCCAACAUCGGCAAGCAGAGCCAGCCCGAGGGCUUUGAGAGCUUCUGCAAGAAAUACCGGCGGGUGACCGCUGAGGAAGCCAAAGAGCACUGGUUGGGCAGCUACACCUUCUCCUUGAAGCAUUGUAAUCACGCUGUGUGGAACCGGCCGUGCAAGCUGAUCCAGGAGGGCCGAGAGUGCUACCAGGGCAUGAGGUUGCGGCACUACUACAUGCUGUGCGGGGCACUGCUGCGCGUCUGGAGCCGCAUCGCCAGCAUCAUGGCCGACAUCACCAGCAGUAGCUACCUGCAGAUCGUCCGCCUCAAGACCAAGGAGAAGAAGAAGCAAGUGGGGAUCAAGAUCCCUGAGAGCUGCGUGCCCAAGGUGCUAGAGGAGCUGAAGCAGAUGGACGCCAACGUCAAGCGGAAGCACGAUGGGGCCUCCCUCCAGCCGCCCCUGCCACCCUUCCCGCUGCGGCUGCCCCCCGACCGGCGGGCCCUGCCCUCCCACCCCCGCCCGGACGAGAUCCUGGAUCUGACGCUCAGCCCCCCCGCCGACGUCCUGCCCCCGCCGCCCUUCCUUCCCCGCUUCUCCUUCCCCCCGGACUCCACCGGCCCCCGCCUGCCGGCCGCCUCGCUGCUGGGCUCCCACGGACCCUCGCCCCUGGCCCCGCAGCAGCAGACCCCGCCCCCCGCGCAAGACCUCGCCCACCCGUCGGACAUCAACUUCAAGGAAGUGCUGGAGGACAUGCUGAGGACCCUGAACGUCGUCGGGCCCCAGGACGGGCCCCAGGACGGGCCCCUGGGCCUGGAGCGCCAGAGCGUCAUCCGCUUCAGCCCCCCCUUCGCCAACUCCUAGGACUGGACUGGACACCGUAAAGCGUUCCUUUCCAAAAAUUAUUUAUAUAUAAUAUACCUUCACACACAUCUAUACACUUUGCAAAUUUUCUAUCUCUCGUAGGUCUCGGGGCGGCGGAGGAUGGAGGGGGUGUCUUCCCACCCCCACCAACUGCAGAGGGAACAGGGCAGGCGUUCCCCCCCACACCCCUCCAAGCUCCUGGUAAACUACUGAGUCAGGAGGAGCCCAUUUCCCUCAGCCUCCACCCCCCUGUCCCUCAGCCAGACCCACAGAUGGCCCCAGGGACUCCCCACUCUGGGGCGUCGGGGGUGGGAGGAAGCAGCCUUCUGGCCUUCCGACACUGUAACCUCACAUGGACCCCACCGCCUCCCUGGGGCUCCUGCCCUGCCCCUCAGUAGCAAUAGUCCCUGCUCUACGACCUCAGGGCCCCCCCACCCACCCACCCCAGUCCGUGCUCUUCAACGGGCCUGGCCCUUUCUCCCCGCGCUCUGGGGACCGAAGGGUGUCCGGGAAUCCAGAGGAGGAAUCAGUCAAUCGAUCAUCGGUGAUAUUUAUUUGAGAGUUCUUAGUGCGUGCAGAGCACUGUACUAAGC